UCUCCUCUCUCUCCUCUCCAGUCAAUGCGUUGAGGCAGCAGCAGGAAUCCUGCGUGUGGUUCAGUGGCUGGAGGACAGCAGCAGCAGCAGAAGGAGCAGGAUACAUCCCCAACCGAGCUGACCUGACUAACAUGAUGGAGGCUGUGAGAACCGUGGCUUGCCUGUACCUGCUGGUGGGCGUCUCGCUCCAGGUGGACGCGAAAAGUGGGAAGGAGACGGCGAGAGACGGGAAUUUCAUGGAAGAUGAGCAAUGGCUGUCAACCAUCUCUCAGUACAGCCGUAAGACCAAACACUGGAAUCGCUUCAGAGACGAAGUUGAGGACGACUACAUCAGAAAUGCUGAGGAGACCACCGGCUCUGACGAAACUGUCGACACCACUAAGGACCCCUGCCAGAAUGUGAAGUGCAGUCGGCAUAAGGUGUGCGUUGCUCAGGGCUACCAGAGGGCCACAUGCAUCAAUCGCAAGAAACUGGAGCAGAGAGUUAAACAGUCAGGACAGCAAGAGCUACGUGAAAGCAGCUGCAAGCCUUGCCCUGUUGCCGCAUCUUCACCAGUAUGUGGCACCGACGGACACAACUAUGCUUCAGAGUGCAAGUUGGAGCAGCAGGCUUGCCUCACAGGUAAAGACCUGAGAAUCAUGUGUUCCGGAUUUUGCCCCUGCGCCACCGCUCCUGCUGCGAACGCUGACAUGAGACGUGAGAGCUGCACCGGCCAGGAUCUGGCUGACUUGGGCGACCGCCUCAGGGACUGGUUCCAGCUCCUUCAUGGAAAUGCGAAGCAGAACAACUCUGGCAAGCCAGGAGCUGGUGCCACCUCGGUGCUGGAAAAAAGCCUGGUAGCCAGCUGCAAGGACUCCAUCGGCUGGAUGUUCUCCAAGCUGGACACCAACGGCGACCUGUAUCUGGACCAGACUGAGCUGGCCGCCAUUAACCUGGACAAGUAUGAGAUCUGCAUCCGGCCCUUCUUCAACUCUUGUGACAGCUACAAGGAUGGGAAGGUCUCCACGGCAGAGUGGUGCCUCUGCUUCUGGAGAGAAAAGCCGCCCUGCCUUGCCGAGCUGGAGAGGAUCCAAGUGCAGCGGGCGGCCAAGAAGAAACCCGGCACCUAUAUUCCCAGUUGUGAUGAGGACGGCUACUACAGGAAAGUGCAGUGUGAUCAGAGCCGAGGGGAAUGCUGGUGUGUCGACCUGCAUGGAGAGAUGAUGGGCUCCAGAGUUCAUGGAAACCCAGACUGUGAUGAAGUAACUGGAUAUUCUGGAGACUUUGGUAGUGGAGUCGGAUGGGAAGAUGAAGAGGAGAAGGAGGCAGAGGAUAACGGGGAGGAAGCAGAGGAGGAGGAAGAGGAGGAGGGCGAGGCAGAUGAUGGAGGGUACAUCUGGUAGAAGUGUCUGACCCUGAACAGAGAGCGCAGCAGCUGACCUAAAAGUCAACAGGCAUGGCUCUCACCUUAAAGAGUGGAUUUUGGAAAAGAACUGGAGAGGAAUGGAGUUAUUAUUGAUCUUGAGGUGCCAGACAGGUUCAAUAACAAGACGAUGACCAGUUAUUUUUCUUUCUUAGAUACGUGUAAUUGCUUCAACCUUUACUCUGUUUUUGAGCAACAGAGCUUUGUGUUUUUCUGUCCUGAAAAAGGGGUAGCCACUGACUGUCGCGCCAUUGGUAAGUAAAGUUGUAUCUUGUACCAUCACCAUCUAUGCAUAGAGAGAUUACAAGUCAUUUUGUAUUGUGUAAACAGUUGCUUAAGUAUUAAAGUUGCCAUCUCACUGGAACUAUUAGAGACCGGGCAUGAAACAAACAGUUUGACACUUUGGGAGAUAAGCUUAUUUGUUUAGUUUAAAAUAGUUAGAUGAGAUGAUCGGGUACCACUCUUGGACAAAUGAGUGAUGAGAGUUUAAAGACUAUAGAUUUGUCUAAAAAAAAAAAAAAAAAAAAAGUACACAUAAACAUCUGUAGUUUUAGUGCAAAAUUACAUUUUAAAGCACUAUAUGCCAGACUUUGCAGAAAGUUACAACACCAAAAUUGAAAAUGUUCUAGCAAACAUAACUUAUCAAAAUCUGAGGGUUUUUCUUUACACUACACAUCGAACACAAUUUUUUAGCUUUUAAAGAGCAGAAAGUAAGUAAAAUGAAUUUUCCUUAAAUAAUAGGUCAAACCAAUUCAGCACAACAACUGCAGCAUGUGAAUAACACUGAUUAUCCCCUAUUCUCUAAUAAUUGAUUGCACUGGAUUUGAUUUAGUGGUACCAGAGUAAACAGGGUUAAACAUAAAUGCACACCCCGAUUUUCAUAUUUGUGUUGGACAAAUAUUAACAGUUAUUAUUGAUAAAGUGCAUACAGAGCCAGUUACAUCAACAAAUACAGUGAGUAUAUUCAUAUAUCAUCUAACUAUAUAGCUUCAUAGCUGAUCUGUGGGG